AUGUACGGCACCACCGCAACAUUUCUCGUCUUCCUUUGCGUCAAGCUUUUCGUCAUCAAUCGCAUCCAACUGAAAAACUCUGAGAAGUUGUCGCGGGUGAACAAAUUGGCGUUAAUUGACGCGGUAAUUGUGCUAUUUUUCGACUUCUCCUCGUCAUUCAUCGCCGCGAAAGGCAUAUUCACCUAUGAGGAAAUCGGACCAUAUGAUGCGGCUCCGAAGAUGCUCGGCCGCGCCAUCGAGGCGGCGAUCGUCGCCGUGCAGCUCGCGCGCGCCAAGCAAACCCACUAUCAGAACAACACCGCGUCCGGCGGACAUCGUGCGGGCCAUCGCGUCGAGCACUCGACACGCGUCACAGCGACCGCCGAGUGGCGUUGUUGA